CGAACGGCAGCCGCCGCGGAAAGCCCAUCCAGACUUUCUUCCUCGAUUGCUGGUGUUCCCCUCCUACCUGCCGCGCUGUUCGUGUUUCUUUGAGCGCGAGAAUCCUCAAUACAAGGCAUCCAUUCGCCUGGCGCCUGCUUUCAGCCUUGGCGCGAUAACUAGAUUUUUGAGUGGUCGCCCUGUCGUGUUAUCUCAGUCGAGUGUAGGUUUUUUUCUGCCGCCUUCGUUCUUGCGCGCCCCCCACAUUUCCCCUUCGGGUUUGCACUCAGUCCUUGCCCUGCUACAAUUCAAUCUCUUCUCAUUGCCGCGCCUGUUCUGCUGCUUUGGCUGUUACCGUCGUUGUUUUGCUGUUCUAUUGUUCGGCUUGUGAAUUAGGCUGGCGAGGCUGACAUCAUCGGAUCUAGUGGAGCUAAUCCACGCCGGCCUCAAAUCGCCCGCUGCGACUCCAUCAACCUUGGUCCGUCCGAUACUUCCGACGAGCGUCCGCCGCGCCUCGGCCACAACCUCUUCAACAUCCUAACUCCUCCCCGCUCGUUUCCCCAAGUCUCCAAAAACGGAACCGUCAUCGGGUCGUUGGUCCUCCACCGCCAUCAACCUGCUCUCCGACCUCGAACGCUUCUAUCACCCUCCCUAGGACGCUGGGGGCACGCCAGAUAGACAGUCGCUUCUAGACGGGUGCAGCGGUAGGCUGUGUGGGUAUUCGCAGGCGACUUGCCGGUACCACAACCUGACACGCGCACGCCGUCCAGCCCCUUGACUUCUCCAUACCAGAGUCUCGCUUCCUCUGACUGUUGAGAAACCAUGGGCAACCAAGCUUCCAAAGAUGCCGGCGCGGCGUCUUCCAAGACUGCGGGCAAUGGGGAAGAGGCCUUCCAGUCCUACCCCUCCUUCAGUAGGUCCGACACCAAGGGUUCGUCCCGGUCCUUUCGCUCUCUGCGCUCCAAGAUCCCCGGCUCGGCCAAGACGGACAGCCCGCGGGGCUCUGCGAUACUAGCGAACGGAGACGCCCCCGAGAAAUCGGAUGCGGCUUCCGUCAAGUCGGGGAAGAGCGGGAGGUCGACCCACAGCCGGGCCAACCGUUCCGACUCGACUCCUUCACCGGGCUCGCCUGCGUCGGCCGACACUGCGCCCGUAAGCUCCCCUUUCGAUGAAUCUUUGCCGCCGCCGUCGCCUAUCCAGUCGGCAUCCAUGAAGGCGGGCGUCCAUGAUGUUUCUGCCGCCCAGGCCAGCGGAGAAGUAGACUACGUGUCGGACCAACCGCCGUCCGGCGUUCCUAACCCGACCUUGGCCGCGCAGCAGCCAGGACAGAGCAUCCUCGUAAAGCGCGAGGAUGCUGUCAACCCGAUCACAGACGACCCCGGGCAGGAGCCGGCCAAGGAUGAGACGGGGUCUGGCAUCGCCAUGAGCGACAUCAAGGAUAUCGACCUUGAUGACUUCAUCAAGCGCCUCCUGGACGCCGCAUACGCCGGCAAGGUCACCAAGAGCGUCUGCCUCAAGAACGCCGAGAUCACGGCUAUCUGCCACCGCGCCAGGGAGCUGUUCCUUUCCCAGCCUGCGCUGCUCGAACUGGACGCUCCCGUCAAGAUCGUUGGGGAUGUCCACGGCCAAUACACAGACCUCAUUCGUAUGUUCGAGAUGUGCGGCUUCCCGCCAAAGUCGAACUUCCUGUUUCUUGGCGACUACGUCGACCGCGGCAAACAGUCUCUCGAGACCAUCCUACUGCUUUUGUGCUACAAGCUCAAGUACCCUGAGAACUUCUUCCUGCUCCGUGGAAAUCACGAGUGCGCCAACGUCACGCGCGUCUAUGGCUUCUAUGACGAAUGCAAGCGGAGGUGCAAUGUGAAGACGUGGAAGACCUUCAUCGAUACUUUCAACACCCUCCCCAUCGCCGCGAUCGUUGCCGGCAAGAUCUUCUGCGUCCACGGGGGCUUGUCGCCCGCUCUCAGCCACAUGGACGACAUCCGGAACAUAGCGCGUCCGACAGAUGUCCCGGAUUACGGGCUUCUGAACGAUCUGCUCUGGUCUGACCCGGCUGACAUGGAACAGGAUUGGGAGGCCAACGAGCGCGGCGUCAGCUACUGCUUCGGAAAGAAGGUUAUUACCGACUUCCUGGCUGCGAACGAUUUUGACCUCGUCUGCCGGGCCCACAUGGUGGUGGAGGACGGCUACGAGUUCUUCACUGACCGCGUCUUGGUCACCGUUUUCAGCGCGCCCAAUUAUUGCGGAGAGUUUGAUAACUGGGGUGCCGUCAUGUCGGUGUCCACCGAGCUCCUAUGCAGCUUCGAGCUGCUCAAGCCUCUGGAUUCGAAUGCUCUCAAGAACCACAUCAAGAAGGGCAGGAAUAAGCGGAACCAGAUGCUCAACAGCCCACCUGCAAAUGUCUACCCCCAGAGCGUGUGAUUUGUGGACGUCUCCGAGCCCCAUGGAGCUCCACAUUACCGUGCGUUGAAGCUUUGUCACGGCAGCCGAGAGGCUACCUAGACCAGCCAAUGGCCGAUUCGCAGGCAUGGGCUUGGGAUGGACCAACGAGGGCGACAAGUACGAACGCGCACAGGGCCUUUCUUUGGCGCCGAGAAAC